AGAAAGCUAAAUAUUUUUAUUUUGAGUUUCAUUAAAUUUAUUUUUCACAUAAUUAAUGAUGUAUAACAAGAUGUUUACCACACUCUUUUGUAUAAAUUCAUUUCUGUUUUGUAUUGAUGCUAAAAUUAUCGUAAAUGUUUAAUGCAAAUAAAGAAUUUAAUUUUAUUGCUGAUAGUAAAUGCAUCAACAUUCCUAAAAAUACGAGAAUAUCAAAAAAAGGUCUUUCCUCACAAUACAACUUUGAAUUUUAGUACUGAAGUAAUGCCAUUAUCCAAAGAAAUAUUUUAAACUUUUGUCAAUAUUAUCUUUAUCAAUACAAAAAAAACUAUCACCAAUAAAUAGUUUUUUGUUUGUUUAUUAUUUUCACUACCAAUAAAGAAUUUAUUGUUUCUUGAAACGUUUUCUAAUUUCUUAAGUUAUACUUGCAAAGAAGUACCAAUAAAUACAUUUUGAUACAUCGCAUUAGCUUUUUCUUUCUUUUAUUCUUUAUUUAUUAUUUUUAUUUUAUUUUAUUUUUUUUGCAUACCAUACUUGAUAAAUUAAAACCAUUACCUUGAAGGCAUGUUUGCAAUACCAAAGUAGCGGAAAAUACACUACAAUAUUUGAUUUAUGCAUGAAAUUUAGCGGAAGCGGUUUUGUUACUAGCGUUUGCUUCUUCAUAUAAAUAAUGCAUGUCUGCGGUUAUAUUUUCCACUCGCAGUAGUUAUACUUGUGUGUCGAAAUGGCUUCUUACUCUUCCUUCAUAUGUUUCGUUUUUGUGACUUUAACAAUUAGUUUUGUAGAGUCAACACUAGACGAUGACUGUAACUCACAGCAGGCUGGCGUCACAUGUGACAGCUCUCGAUCAACGCUUUACGCUUUGGUAAGCAACGAAUGUGAAAGUUACUGCCAAUGUGUCCCUCAGAGUACACAAGAGGACGGGACAACAACGUACACAUGGAUUAACAUGUCUUGCCCUGCGGGUUUGGAGUUUAAUAACGGCGCUCAGUAUUGCGACUGGCCGGACAACGUAUCAUGCAGUUAAUAAAAAGUCAUUCGGACUCUAAAAAUAAUAGCUUCAAACAUAUAUCUUUUUUCAUAAUAUAAUCAAAUGCAUGCAUUUAGCAGUAAUCUCUCUUAUUUGUAGAAAGCAAUCUGAAACUAAAACUGUAUCAAUAAACUUAUUGCAAGUA